GGACCCUGUUGGAAGUGGAGGACACGAAAAAGACCACAAAGUCGAAACACACCCAACCCCCUUCUCUUGAAACAACGAGGCAGCCAACAACCAACAGCUCCUUCUUACCAACAUUUACUGUCGCUUUUCCACUCGUAACCAAGAAAUACAUAUUCUUCAACGUACAGAUAUAGCAGACAUGUCAGGACACCAAAGAAGACCUAGCAUGGCUGAGAACCUGACCCCAGAGCAAAUCAAAGAGCUCAAGGAGGUCUUCAACGUCUUUGACAAGGAUGGAAAUGGCAACAUCACAGUCGACGAGCUGGGCGAAGUAAUGCGCUCGCUCGGUCAAGAGCCUUCUCAGACCGAACUCGAAGACAUUCUCAACGAGAUUGACAAGGACGGUUCUGGCUCCAUCGAAUUCGACGAGUUCCUCUCAAUGAUGGGCCGCAAGGUUCAGCAAGCAGACAGCGAGUCCGAGCUGAGAGCAGCAUUCGCCGUUUUCGACAGAGAUGGCAGUGGUACCAUUUCCGCAGAGGAGUUGAGAAAUGUCAUGAAGAGCAUUGGUGAGAACCUUUCCGAUGCCGAGAUCGACGAGAUGAUCAAGGAGGCCGACGCCAAUGGAGACGGCAACAUUGAUUACGACGAGUUUGCCAAGAUCAUGAGUGCUUAAUGUGUUGUGCAUGCGAGCACGACUUCGCCUUUUCUUCGAGGCCAACUGUGCAGGUUACACUUUGGACUUGAAGCUUGAAGGUAUACGACUCUACAAUGGAAGCAUUAUGAAAAUCAAGCAGGGCAAGGUUUUUGACAUGUCAUGGAUAAACGCAACAAAGGGCUGUAGGGUUCAUUUAGGAAUGGAAAAUAUCAUCGGUGUUGCACAAGAGAAGUAAAGAAACACCAGGAUUAGAUGUCGCGUGAUACAACUUCAUGGGUAGACGAUACAGCAAAUUCAGGACAAAAUUCAUAUUCUUUGGCAGACUAAUUGUCUGCAUCGCUAUCUUAUAC